AUGGCUCCCAAAGAGGCCUUGGUCUUUGCAUUUGCUGGCAUAGCGAGCAUAGCGCUUUCGCUGCUUUGGAAGCGACGGAAGGGAGACCGAGAAGUUGCCCACGGCAGCCUCAGUGGCGAAAGUAUCGAGGAAUUGGCUAAAGAGAUAAACGAGCUUUUGCAGGAACGGCAUCCAAAGAAGAUUCCUGGAGUGUCUGACGAGUUGUAUCAAUUGCCACCCUUCAUUCCCAAGGCGACCUGGAGCCGCUUGGGUGACGUUCUAAGAAUCUGCGAGUUCCCAAACUCUCAGCGAAUAUCUGGUGAGCGCUUUAUCACAUUGCGUUUGGAUGGCAGUGGCUUCUCCAAGCUGACAAAGCGCCUGAGUAGCGCAGGCGUGUUCUCGCAGGGCUACUCCCACGACUUUGCAGAACUCAUGCGGUACUGCUGCCAAUCACUUAUGGCAAAGUUCAGUGCUACAUGUGCUUACACCCAGUCCGAUGAGAUGACCUUGGUCAUCCCUGCGGCCAGUGUGGUGCGAGGGGAGCAACAGUGCCACUCUCAUGGCGGACGGGUGGUGAAAUUGUGCACACUGGCAGCAGCACAUGUCACUGCAUUGUUCAACUAUCGCUUGCACGCCCUGUUUGCUGACAAGGGCAUCUCCAUGGAUGAGCAGCAACUCGCAAUGUUCGAUUGCCGGCUUGGCAGUUUUGCCACCGCUGAACAGGCGGCUUCACUGCUGCUUUGGAGAGCUGCCGAUUGUGGGAUCAACGGAGUGUCUGACGCUGUGUACAAGUCCAAACUCCCAGGGGCGAAGAAUGUCAUGCGUCUUGGCACAAGUGAAAAGCUCCAGUGGUUGGCUCAAAACCAACUGUUGCCGUUACAUGCCCAUCAGGCCUACGGCUCUUACUUUGUCAGAGUAAAGCGUGUACAUGAAGGGAUGAAUCCCAAGACCGGUGAGAUCUCCAAGAGCUUGCGGUCUGCCAUUGAAGAAGUUCCCGGCGUCAAUGUGUUGCGCCUAGCAGCUGAAGGGAAGCUGUUUCCUUCGGAUGAUGAAGAACCCACGUAG